AUCUUUCUUCCCCUCUCUCUCUCCGCUCAAUCUGUAACCACCAGCAACGGAGGCGGUGGGGGCACUGGACAAAAAAGCUUUUUAUUUUAUUUUUUAAUUUUUUGUUUUACCACGCACAGUUGCGCCAGCUGUCACAGGCGUGCGCGCAAAUGUAAAUAAGACGUUUUACGUGUCCCAGACUUUUGGUUUGGUUACGUAUUUGACAAACCCAAUUAUUCCUGUCCCGUUUUUCCAUUUUUAAAAUCAAUUCUCUAUGUAGCUUGUAAGUUAGCCGAUGAUCAGUAAAGGUCGCUACAUGGUCGCCUCGCAUCAGAACAGCCCGUAGCCUCGUAGGGGCUGGAGAAGCCUUUUCUUUCCUUCCUUUUCUGUCUCUUUCUCCAUGAGAAGGCAUCUUUAUCACUACGUGCAGCCGUGCAUUUGCAGAUCGCAUUGAAUGCGUGUUGGAGGGCGCACAGGGAAAACACUGGGGUACAGCACCCAGGCAGCCAGCUAGCUGCCGCUCCACGAGCUCACAAGGGCGGCUUGGAGUUUAAUUCUUUUCAGGAUUUCUGUUAUUCCUUUUUGUCCUUCUCCCUUUUACACAUUCAUAAUGUUAUCGUAUGCGGUCAGCAUGUUGGUGACGGCGCUGCUUUUCCUGGGAUUUUCGCGCAGUUUGGAGGUGAUUGCUCCCACCAGAGCAAUUGAUGCUCCGAAGACCUGCAGCCCCAAGCAGUUUGUGUGUAAGGACCAGGUGACCUGCAUCUCCAAAGGAUGGCGCUGUGACGGCGAGAAGGACUGUCCCGACGGCUCCGACGAGGCCCUGGACAUCUGUCCUCAUAGCCGUGUGUCACGGUGCCCCCCCAAUGAGUACCAGUGCCUGGGCACUGAGACCUGCAUCCACAUGAGCAAGCUGUGCAACGGCGCCCCCGACUGCACCGACGGCUGGGACGAGGGCCCCCACUGCAGAGAGUUCGCGUCGAACUGCACCCAGCACGGCUGUCAGGGCAACUGUUCAGUGACGCCCGCCGGACCCAUGUGCUACUGCAGGAGCGCCUUCGAGGUCGGCCCCGAUGGGAAGUCCUGCAAAGACUUCGACGAGUGUGCAGUGUACGGCAUCUGCAGCCAGACGUGCACCAACACCCCCGGCUCGUACAGCUGCAGCUGCGUGGAGGGUUACCUGCUGCAGCCAGAUAACCGCUCCUGCAAAGCCAAGAACGAUCCGGUGGACCGCCCCCCGGUGCUGCUCAUCGCCAACUCCCAGAACAUCCAGGCCACGUCCCUGAGUGGCUCCCCCCUGCACAGCCUGCUGUCUACCAGCACCAAGCAGACCAGCGCCAUGGACUUCAGCUACGCCGAGGAGACGGUCUGCUGGAUUCACGUGGGCGACUCUGCCUUUGGCACUCAGCUCAAAUGCGCCCGCAUCCCCAAUCUGAAGGGCUUCGUUGAGGAAAGGACCAUCAACAUCUCCCUGAGCCUGCACCACGUGGAGCAGAUGGCCAUCGAUUGGCUGACGGGGAACUUCUACUUCGUGGACGACGUUGACGACCGCAUCUUCGUCUGCGACAAGGACGGCGCCACCUGCGUCACGCUGCUGGACCUGGAACUCUAUAACCCUAAGGGCAUUGCCCUGGACCCCACCAUGGGCAAGGUGUUCUUCACUGACUACGGGCAAAUCCCCAAAGUGGAGCGCUGUGACAUGGACGGGCAGAACCGCACCAAGCUGGUGGACAGCAAGAUCGUGUUCCCACAUGGCAUCACGCUGGACCUGGUCAGCCGACUGGUGUACUGGGCUGACGCCUACCUGGACUACAUUGAGGUGGUGGAUUACGAGGGCAAGAACCGGCACACGAUCAUCCAGGGCCUACUGAUUGAACACCUGUACAGCUUGACCGUGUUCGAGAACUACCUGUACGCCACCAACUCAGAUAAUGGCAACGUGCAGCCCAAGACCAGCGUGAUCAGGGUGAACCGCUUCAACAGCUCCGACUACCAGGUGGUCACCCGCGUGGACAAGGGCGGGGCCCUGCAUGUGUACCACCAGAGACGGCAGCCCCCAGUGCGGAGCCACGCGUGUGAACCGGACCAGUUUGGGAAGGCGGGCGGUUGUUCAGACAUCUGCCUGCUAGGAAACAGCCACAAGAGUCGGACCUGCCGCUGCCGCUCCGGAUUCAGCCUGGGAAGCGAUGGCAAAUCCUGCAAGAAACCAGAGCACGAGCUCUUCCUGGUGUACGGAAAGGGCCGGCCGGGCAUCAUCCGUGGCAUGGACCUGAACGCCAAAGUACCAGACGAGUACAUGAUCCCCAUCGAGAACCUGAUGAACCCCCGUGCCCUCGACUUCCACGCCGAGAGCGAGUUCAUCUACUUCGCCGAUGCCAACAGCUACCUCAUUGGCCGGCAGAAGAUUGACGGCACAGAGAGGGACACCAUCCUGAAAGAAGGGGUCCACACUGUGGAGGGUAUCGCUGUGGACUGGAUGGCGGACAACCUGUACUGGACGGAUGAUGGACCAAAGAAGACUAUCAGCGUGGCUCGUCUGGAGAAGGCCUCGCAGACACGCAAGACCCUCAUUGAGGGGAAGAUGACCCAUCCCAGAGCCAUCGUGGUGGACCCCCACAACGGGUGGAUGUACUGGACGGACUGGGAGGAGGACCCCAAGGACAGCAAGCGGGGCAAGAUCGAGAGAUCCUGGAUGGACGGAACAAACCGGAACGUCUUCCUCACAUCCAAGACGGUCCUGUGGCCCAAUGGCCUGAGUCUGGACAUCCCUCAGGGCAUCCUGUACUGGGUGGAUGCUUACUAUGACCGCAUCGAGAUGGUGUACCUCAACAAUUCAGAGCGCAAGACCGUGUAUGAGGGCCAAGAGUUGAACCAUGCCUUCGGCCUGUGCCACUACAAACACUUCCUGUUCUGGAACGAGUACCGCAGCGGGAGCAUCUACAAGUUAGACCAGCAGACCAAGACUGUCACCCUGCUCCGCAACGAGCGGCCCCCCAUCUUCGAGAUCCGCACCUAUGACGCCCAGCAGCAACAGGGCAGCAAUACCUGCCGCGUUAACAACGGGGGCUGCAGCAGUCUAUGCCUGGCCAUACCGGGGGGUCGCAGCUGUGCAUGUGCGGAAGACCAGCUUCUGGACGCUGACAACGUCAGCUGCAAGGCAAACCCCUCCUACAUCCCCCCACCUCAGUGUCAGCCCGGCGAAUUUGCCUGCAAGAACAACCGCUGCAUUCAGGAGCGCUGGAAAUGCGACGGGGAUAACGACUGCCUGGACAACAGUGAUGAGGCGUCCGAGCUCUGCUACCAGCACACCUGCCCCACCGAUCGCUUCAAGUGCCAGAACAACCGUUGCAUCCCGUUGCGCUGGCUGUGCGAUGGCGAUAACGAUUGCGGCAACGACGAGGACGAGUCCAACACCACCUGCUCAGCGCGGACCUGCCCCCCCAAUCAGUUCUCCUGUGCGAGCGGCCGCUGCAUCCCCAACUCCUGGACCUGCGACCUCGACGACGACUGCGGCGAUCGCUCAGAUGAGCCAGCCUCUUGUGCAUACCCCACCUGCUUCCCUCUCACGCAGUUCACCUGCAACAACGGGCGCUGCAUCAACAUCAACUGGCGCUGUGACAAUGAUAAUGACUGCGGGGACAACAGUGACGAGGCAGGCUGCAGUCACUCCUGCUCCAGUGCGCAGUUCAAGUGCAACAGUGGUCGCUGCAUCCCCGAGUACUGGACCUGCGAUGGCGACAACGACUGCAGUGACUACAGCGACGAGACGCACGCCAACUGCACCAACCAGGCCACGCGCCCCCCCGGCGGCUGCCACGUGGACGAAUUCCAGUGCCGCAUGGACAGCCUGUGCAUCCCCAUGCGCUGGCGCUGUGACGGCGACACCGACUGCGUUGACCUGAGCGACGAGAAGAACUGCGAGGGGGUUACGCACAUGUGUGACCCCGCCGUCAAGUUCGGCUGCCGGGACUCCGCUCGCUGCAUCAGCCGGGCCUGGGUGUGCGAUGGUGACAGCGACUGCGACGACAACUCGGACGAGGUGGACUGUGAGUUGCUGGUCUGCAAGCUGUCCCACCAUGUGUGCGCCAACGACUCCAGCGUGUGCCUGCCCACCGAGAGGCUCUGUGACGGCACAGACGACUGUCCCGACGGCUCCGACGAGAAGCUCUGCGAUCUGUGCUCCCUGGACAACGGAGACUGCAGCCACAACUGCUCGGUGGCUCCCGGCGAGGGGGUCGUCUGCUCCUGCCCCCUGGGGAUGGAGCUGAGUGUCGACAACAAGACCUGCCAGGUGCAGAGCUUCUGUGCCAAGCACCUGAGAUGCAGCCAGCGUUGCGAACAGGACAAGUUCAGCGUCAAGUGCUCCUGCUAUGAGGGCUGGGCCCUAGAGGCAGACAUGGAGAGCUGCAAGAGCACCGAUCCCUUCAAGCCGUUCAUCAUCUUCUCCAACCGGCAUGAGAUCCGGCGCAUCGACCUGUACAAGGGCGAGUUCAGCGUCCUGGUCCCAGGCCUUCGCAACACGAUCGCCUUGGACUUCCACCUCAACCAGAGCGCCCUCUACUGGACCGAUGUAGUCGAGGACAAAAUCUACCGCGGCAAACUCUCGGAAAACGGAGCCCUGACUAGCCUGGAGGUGGUUAUCCAGCAUGGGCUGGCUACUCCAGAAGGUUUGGCGGUGGACUGGAUCGCUGGCAAUAUCUACUGGGUGGAGAGCAACCUGGACCAGAUCGAGGUGGCCAAACUGGACGGCACCAUGAGAACCACGUUGCUGGCUGGGGCGGUGGAGCACCCCCGCGCCAUCGCCCUAGACCCCCGCUAUGGCAUCCUGUUCUGGACGGACUGGGAUGCCAGCCUGCCGCGGAUCGAGGCAGCCUCCAUGAGCGGGGAGGGUCGACGCACCAUCCACAAGGAGACGGGCAGCGGCGGCUGGCCCAACGGGCUGACCGUAGAUUACCUGGAGCUGCGCAUCCUGUGGAUCGACGCCAGGUCCGACGCCAUCUACUCAGCCCGGUACGAUGGCUCCAGGUUGAUUGAGGUGCUGCGAGGGCAUGAGUAUCUGUCUCACCCAUUUGCGGUGACCAUGUACGGCGGAGAGGUCUACUGGACGGACUGGCGCACCAACACGCUGGCCAAGGCCAACAAGUGGACGGGCAGCAACGUGACUGUGGUGCAGAGGACCAACACGCAGCCCUUCGACCUGCAGGUGUACCACCCCUCCAGGCAGCCUCAGGCUCCAAACCCCUGUGCAGCCAACGACGGCAAAGGCCCCUGCUCUCACCUCUGCCUGAUCAACUACAACCAGACGUUCUCCUGUGCCUGCCCCCACCUCAUGAAGCUCGGGUCUGACACACACACCUGCUACGAAUCGCGGCAGUUCCUGCUGUACGCUCGUCAGAUCGAGAUCCGCGGCGUCGACUUGGACAAUCCCUAUUACAAUUACAUCAUCUCCUUCACGGUGCCGGACAUCGAUAACGUGACAGUGGUGGACUAUGACGCCCUGGAACACCGCAUCUAUUGGUCGGACGUGCGCACGCAGACCAUCAAGCGGGCCUUCAUCAAUGGCACCGGCGUGGAGACCGUGGUGUCGGCCGACCUGCCCAACGCCCACGGCUUGGCGGUGGACUGGGUUUCCCGCAACCUGUUCUGGACCAGCUAUGACGCCAACAAGAAGCAGAUCAACGUGGCCCGCCUGGACGGCUCCUUCAAGAACGCAGUCAUCCAGGGCCUGGACAAGCCGCACUGCCUGGUUGUGCACCCCGUGCUUGGGAAGCUUUACUGGACGGAUGGAGACAACAUCAGUGUGGCCAACACAGACGGCGGCAACCGCAGCCUCCUCUUCAGCAGCCAGAAGGGGCCUGUGGGUCUGUCUAUCGACUUUGACGCCGAGCAGCUGUACUGGAUCAGCUCGGGGAACGGCACCAUCAACCGCUGUAAACUGGAUGGCAGUGGACUGGAGGUCCUAGAGGGGGUCAAAGGCAAGCUGACCAAGGCCACAGCUCUGGCAAUCAUGGGUGACAAGCUGUGGUGGGCCGACCAGGGCACAGAUCGCAUCGGCACCUGCGACAAGAAGGACGGAGGCAACUGGAAGGUGCUGAGGAACACGACGUCUCCCAUGAUGCACAUGAAGAUCUACAACGAGACCGUCCAGAGGGGCACCAAUCUGUGCAGCAACAACAACGGCGACUGCUCACAGCUCUGCCUCCCCACCUCGCCGACCACGCGGGCCUGCAUGUGCACGGCCGGGUACAGCUUGCGGAGCGGCCAGCAGUCCUGCGAAGGCGUUGGGUCCUUCCUCCUGUACUCUGUCCACGAGGGCAUCCGCGGAAUCCCCCUAGAGCCCUCGGACAAGUCGGACGCACUGGUGCCCGUGUCGGGGACGUCCCUCGCCGUGGGAAUCGACUUCCACGCGGACAACGACACCAUUUACUGGGUGGACAUGGGCCUGAGCACCAUCAGCCGUGCCAAGCGGGACCAGACGUGGCGCGAGGAUGUGGUGACCAAUGGCAUUGGACGCGUGGAGGGCAUCGCUGUGGACUGGAUCGCAGGAAACAUCUACUGGACUGACCAGGGCUUCGAUGUGAUCGAGGUAGCAAGGCUGAACGGCUCCUUCCGCUACGUGGUCAUCUCCCAGGGUCUCGACAAGCCGCGUGCCAUCACCGUACACCCGGAGAAAGGGUACCUAUUUUGGACCGAGUGGGGGCAGUACCCACGGAUCGAGCGAUCCCGUCUCGACGGAACCCAGCGGGCAGUGCUGGUCAACGCCAGCAUCAGCUGGCCCAAUGGGAUCUCCAUCGACUAUCAGGAGGGCAUGCUGUACUGGUGCGACGCCAGGACCGACAAGAUCGAGCGCAUCGACCUGGAGACGGGGGAGAACCGGCAGGUGGUGCUGUCCAACAACAACAUGGACAUGUUCUCCGUCUCUGUCUUUGAGAGCUACAUCUACUGGAGCGACAGGACUCAUGCAAACGGCUCCAUAAAGAGGGGCAGCAAGGACAACUCCACUGACGCCAUACCCCUGAGGACGGGAAUCGGGGUGCAACUGAAGGACAUUAAGGUCUUCAACAGGGACCGACUGCAGGGGACAAACGUCUGCAAGGGCAACAAUGGCGGCUGCCAGCAGCUGUGCCUGUACCGCGGUAAUGGGGAGCACACGUGCGCGUGUGCCCACGGGAUGCUGGCAGAGGACGGGCGCGGUUGCCGUGACUACGAGGGCUACCUGCUCUACUCGGAGCGCACCAUCCUGAAGAGCGUGCACCUGUCGGACGAGAGCAACCUCAACGCGCCCAUCAAGCCGUUUGAGGACCCGGAGCACAUGAAGAACGUCAUCGCGCUCACCUUUGACUACCGCGGGGGCGGCGGAAAGGGCGCUAACCGCGUCUUCUUCAGCGACAUUCACUUCGGCAACAUCCAGCAGAUCAGCGACGAUGGAUCCGACCGCAGGACCGUGGUGGAGAAUGUGGGUUCUGUGGAGGGCCUGGCCUACCACAGAGCAUGGGACACGCUCUACUGGACCAGCUAUACCACCUCCACCAUCACAAGGCACACUGUGGACCAGAACCGCUGGGGUGCCUUUGACCGUGACACUGUGGUCACCAUGUCCGGAGAUGACCACCCCCGUGCUUUCGUGCUGGACGAGUGCCAGGGGCUGAUGUUCUGGACCAACUGGAAUGAGCAGUCACCGAGCAUCAUGCGAGCCACACUGGCGGGUGGUAACGUUCUGGCCAUCAUCAGCAGCCACAUCCGCACCCCCAACGGUCUGGCCAUCGACCACCGCGCGGAGAAGAUCUACUUCUCUGACGCCACCCUUGACAAGAUCGAGCGCUGCGAGGGGGGGGGUUCUUCCGCCUGCACUUUAAUCCGCUCUAAACCGGUCUUCCUGGGGCGUGGCGCCUUUCUAAGCGGCUGCCCAUCGUCUUCCAUGGGGUCUGAUUUAAAGCGGGGGCAUGUCUUUCAGGGUCUGCUAUUAAUUAUUCCGUGCUCUCCCUCCCCCACCCGCGCAGGCGAGUUUUCCCCAUGCCGCGUGAACAAUGGUGGCUGUCAGGACCUCUGCCUGCUGACCUCCGAAGGCCGGGUGAACUGCAGCUGCCGCGGCGACCGCAGACUCAUGGAAGACAACACCUGUACAGCUCUGAACACCACGUGCAACAGCAUUGACGAGUUCGAAUGUGGCAACGGCGACUGCAUCAACUACAGCCUGACUUGCGACGGCAUGGUGCACUGCAAGGACAAAUCUGACGAGAAGCAGUCCUACUGCGCCCACCGCACGUGUAAGAAGGGUUAUUGGCGCUGCCUCAACGGACGUUGCAUUGGUCAUGGAUUCUGGUGCAACGGGGUUGACGACUGCGGGGACAACUCGGACGAGGUGCCCUGCAACGCGACCCUCUGCCGCACGGCGGACGAGUUCCAGUGCCGGGAUGGAGCCUGCAUCACCAACUCCAGCCGCUGUAACCAGGUAGUGGACUGCGAGGAUGCCAGCGACGAGAUGAACUGCUCUGCCACCGACUGCUCCAGUUAUUUCCGUCUUGGGGUGAAGGGAGUGACGUUCCAGAAGUGUGAGAUGACCACCUUGUGCUACGCUGCCUCCUGGGUCUGCGAUGGCUCCAAUGACUGUGGCGAUUACUCAGACGAGAGGAACUGCCCGGACAAGCGGAAGAGCAAAUGCCCGGUGAAUUUCUUCGCCUGUCCCAGCGGCCGCUGCAUCCCCAUGAGCUGGACCUGCGACAAGGAGUAUGACUGCGAGAACGGCGCUGACGAGGCGCAGUGCGACAAGUUCUGCUCCCCAUCACAGUUUGAAUGCGCCAACCACCGGUGCAUCUCCUACACCUGGCUGUGUGACGGUACCGACGACUGUGGGGACGGCACGGACGAGGACAGACGUGGAUGCAAAAACAAGACCUGCAGCCCCGAGGCCUUCCAGUGUCCCGACUCGCACGUGUGUGUCCCACAGCGCUGGAAGUGUGACGGGGACAAGGACUGCCCCGACGGCUCCGACGAGAGCGUCAAGGCUGGUUGUGUACUCAACAACACCUGUGACGAGGCGGAGUUUCUUUGUCAGAACCGGCAGUGCAUCCCUAAACACUUUGUGUGUGACCAUGACAACGACUGUGGCGACGGCAGCGAUGAAUCCCCGGAGUGUGAGUACCCCACCUGUGGGCCCAACCAGUUCCGCUGCGCAAACGGCCGCUGCCUCAUCAACAAGAGCUGGGAGUGCGAUGGUGAAUUCGACUGCCAUGACCGGUCCGACGAGGCUCCCAACAACCCCCGCUGCAGCAGCCCAGAGAAGAAGUGCAACGACACGGCGUAUAUGUGCAAGAACGGCAACUGCGUCAACGAGACCCUGCUGUGCAACUACAACGACGACUGCGGAGACGGCUCCGACGAGCUCAACUGCUUCAUAAACGAGUGUCUGAACAGCAAACUCAGUGGCUGCUCCCAGAUGUGCGAGGACCUCAAGAUCGGGUACAAGUGCAGAUGCCAUCCUGGGUUCCAGCUAAAGGAGGACGGCAAGACCUGCAUGGACAUCGACGAGUGCCGGUCCUCCUACCCUUGCUCCCAGCGCUGCAUCAACACCUACGGCAGCUUCCACUGCCAGUGUGUGGAGGGCUUUGAGCGCCGGACCAGUGACCCCACAGCCUGCAAGUCGACCUCAGCGGAAGAACCCUUCCUGAUAUUUGCCAACCGCUACUACCUGCGUAAGCUGAACCUGGACGGCUCCAACUACACCCUCCUGAAGCAGGGCCUGAACAACGCAGUGGCCUUGGACUUUGACUACAGAGAACAGAUGAUCUACUGGACGGAUGUGACGACGCAGGGUAGCAUGAUCCGGCGCAUGCACAUCAAUGGCAGCAACGUGCAGGUGCUGCACCGGACCUCCCUCAGCAACCCGGAUGGCUUGGCUGUCGACUGGGUGGGUGGGAAUCUUUACUGGUGCGACAAGGGCAGAGACACCAUCGAAGUGUCCAGGCUGGACGGGGCCUUUCGGACGGUGCUUGUCAGCACGGGCCUGCGGGAGCCGCGUGCGGUGGCGGUGGACGUGCGUAAUGGGUACCUGUACUGGUCAGACUGGGGCGAUAAUCCCCACAUUGGGAGGAUCGGUAUGGACGGCAGCAACCGCAGCGUCAUCGUUCAGCAGCGCAUCACCUGGCCCAACGGCCUGACGCUAGACUUCAUCAACGACCGCAUCUAUUGGGCCGACGCGCGGGAGGAUUACAUCGAGUUCUCCAGCCUGGAUGGAACCAGCCGUCACACAGUACUGAGCCAGGACAUUCCCCACAUCUUUGCCAUGACCCUGUUUGAGGAAUAUAUCUACUGGACCGACUGGGAGACCAAGUCUAUCAACAGGGCUCACAAGACCAUGGGCACCAAUAAGACCAUGCUGAUCAGCACCCUCCACAGGCCCAUGGACAUCCACAUCUUCCACCCAUCCCGGCAGCCUGAGGUGACUAACCACCCAUGCCAGACCAACAACGGUGGCUGUUCCAACCUCUGCCUUCUGUCGCCGGGCGGCGGCUAUAAGUGCGCCUGCCCUACCAACUUCUACCUGGCCCACGACGGGCACCGCUGCAUGUCCAACUGCACAGCCAGCCAGUUUGUGUGUAAGAACGACAAGUGCAUCCCCUUCUGGUGGAAGUGUGACACUGAGGACGACUGCGGGGACCGGUCCGACGAGCCCGCCGACUGCCCCGAGUUCAAAUGCCGACCAGGCCAGUUCCAGUGUGGCACUGGGAUCUGCACCAACCCAGCCUACAUCUGUGAUGGAGACAACGACUGUCAGGACAACUCUGACGAGGCCAACUGCGACAUCCACGUUUGCCUGCCCAGCCAGUUCAAAUGCACCCAGCCCAGCCGCUGCAUCCCCGGAAUCUUCCGCUGCAACGGGCAGGACAACUGCGGGGAUGGCGAGGACGAGAAGGACUGCCCCGAGGUCACCUGCGCCCCCAACCAGUUCCAAUGCUCCAUCACCAAGCGCUGCAUCCCCCGCGUGUGGGUGUGCGACCGCGACAACGACUGCGUGGACGGCUCCGAUGAGCCCGCCAACUGCACCCAGAUGAUCUGCGGCGUGGACGAGUUCCGCUGUAAGGACUCGGGCCGUUGCAUUCCAGCGCGCUGGAAGUGUGAUGGAGAGGACGACUGUGGGGACUCCUCCGACGAGCCCAAGGAGGAGUGCGAUGAGCGGACCUGUGAGCCAUACCAAUUCCGCUGUAAAAACAACCGGUGCGUUCCGGGCCGCUGGCAGUGCGACUAUGACAACGACUGUGGUGACAACUCCGAUGAGGACAAGUGCGUUCCCCGCCAGUGCUCCGAAAGUGAAUUCGCCUGCACCAACGGCCGCUGCAUCGCUGGGAGGUGGAAGUGUGACGGAGACCACGACUGUGCUGACGGGUCCGAUGAGAACGGCUGUGACCUGAAAUGUGACAGCGACCAAUUCCAGUGUAAGAAUGGCCACUGCAUUCCCAUCCGGUGGCGCUGUGACGCUGACGCCGACUGCUUGGAUGGCAGUGACGAGGAGAAGUGUGACAGCGGAGUGGGUCGACACUGCCCCCUGGACGAAUUUCAGUGUAACAACACCCUGUGUAAGCCUCUGGCUUGGAAGUGUGAUGGCGAGGAUGACUGCGGGGACAACUCUGAUGAGAACCCAGAGGAGUGCAAAAAGUUCCACUGUCCGCCGUCCAGGCAGUUCCGGUGCCGAAAUGACCGCGUGUGCCUCUGGAUCGGCAAGCAGUGCAAUGGCGUUGACAACUGUGGGGACAACACGGAUGAGCUGAACUGCCAGGUCCCCUCGGGCACCCCCACCUGUGGGAAGGAUGAGGUCCAGUGCAGCAACGGUCAGUGCAUCAGCUCAAACCUGCGCUGCAACUUCUUCAAUGACUGCGAGGACUACGGCUCCGAUGAGAUCGACUGCAAGCGAGACACGCCGCUGAACAGCUGCCGCCACGGCGCCCAGUCAUGUGUGGACGAGGCGCACUGCGUCACCAACGGCAGCGACUCCUUCUGCACCUGUAAACCCGGCUUCCAGAAGGUCGGCAAGAACAGCUGUGAAGACAAAAAUGAAUGCAAGCAGUUCGGCCUGUGCUCCCACAUCUGCAACAACACGAAGGGCUCGUACAAGUGCACCUGCCACAAGCACUUCACCAAGAUCAACGACACGUGCAAAGCUGACAACUUAAACAGCAACGGACAGGUGCUCUACAUCGCCGACGACAAUGAGAUCCGUAGCCUGGACCCCAGCACGCCCAACUGGGUGUAUGAACAGACGUUCCAGGGUGAUGCCAAUGUCCGCAUCGACGCCAUGGACCUGCACGUCAAAUCCAAUAAGAUCUUCUGGACGAACUGGCACACGGGCCGCAUCUCCACCUAUGAGCUGCCCGCUUCAGGAUCCGCAUCCUCACCCAACUCGAACUCUCACCGCAACCGGAGACAGACUGACGCAGGUGUCACCGACCUGGAGAUCCCACAUCUAAAGAUGCCACGUGGCAUCGCAGUGGACUGGGUCGCCGGCAACCUCUAUUGGACUGACUCUGGCCGGGACGUGAUUGAGGUGGCCCAGAUCAACGGACGGCACCGCAAGACCCUCAUCUCCGGCAUGAUCGACGAGCCCUACGCCAUUGUGGUCGAUCCCCAAAGAGGGAAAAUGUACUGGGCAGACUGGGGAAAUCACCCAAAGAUUGAAACAGCAGCCAUGGAUGGGACUAUGAGAGAAACGCUGGUUCAGGACAGCAUCCAGUGGCCCACAGGAUUGGCUGUGGACUACUUCAACGAGCGACUCUACUGGGCCGACGCCAAGUUGUCCGUGAUUGGCAGCGUGCGGCUCAACGGCAGCGACCCCGUGGUGGCCGUCAGCGGCCUCAAGAACAACCUCCACCACCCCUUCAGCAUCGACAUCUUCGAGGACUAUAUCUACGGCGUCACCUACGUGAAUAACUUUGUGUUCCGGGUGAACAAGUUUGGCAAGGGGCCCAUGGAGAACCUCACCACGGCCAUCAACCAUGCCACUGACAUUGUUCUGUACCACCGCUACAAGCAGCCAGAGAUGACCAAUCCAUGUGACAGGAAGAAGUGCGAGUGGCUUUGUUUGCUGAGUCCCAGUGGUCCGGUUUGCACCUGUCCCAACGGGCACCAGCUGGACGAUGGCACUUGUGUGGAGGUCCCCUCCCCCACGCUCUCCCCUGCUCCGCCCUCUCCUGGCACCUGCACCCUGCAGUGUCUGAACGGCGGGCAGUGUUUCCUCAAUGCCCACAAGCAGCCCAAGUGCCGCUGUCAGCCCAUCUACCGCGGUGAGAAAUGCGAGGUGGAUCAGUGCCGAGACCAUUGUCAGAAUGGGGGCACUUGCACAGCCUCCGCCACAGGCUCCCCUGCCUGCCGCUGUAUCCCCGGCUUCACGGGCCCCGUGUGUAAUCUGCACACCUGCCAGGAAUACUGCCAAAGUGGCGGCAACUGCUCGGUCAGCCAGGGCAACCAGCCUAAGUGCCAGUGUCCCGUGGACUUCCUGGGCGACCAGUGCCAGUACCGUAAAUGUGACGGCCACUGUGAAAAUGGAGGCACGUGUCUACAGGUCUCCAGCGGCAGCAUUCAGUGUCGCUGCCCGCCACAGUACAACGGCGUGAACUGCGAGGUAGACAGGUGCCAUUACUGCAAGGACGGCAAGUGUAUCCCCACCAACAGCCACAAACCUACAGGAGAAGUCACCUGCAGGUGCCCCAACGGAAAGAUUCAGCCAAGUUGCUAUACGUGCAGCGAGUACUGUGUGAACGGGCAGUGUUCAGUGAACCCCCAGACACAGCUGCCCGAGUGCAGAUGUUUCUCAGGUUGGACCGGGCAGCGCUGCUCAGUAAAUACCUCCAUCAUAAACUCCCCUGACCCCAGCAGCCGAACUGCGUCGAUUGUCAUCCCAGUGCUUCUGCUGUUGCUCGUUGCCCUGCUGGUUGUUGGCGGCAUCUUGUGGUACCGGAAGAGAAUGAGUGGGUCUGUAAGGCCAGGCAAAUCCUGCUCCAGACGCUCGCGGGCCAAGGGCUUCCAGCACCAGAGGAUGACCAACGGUGCCCUCAAUGUGGAGAUCGGGAACCCGGCAUACAAGACCUACGAAGGGGAGCCUGACGAUGACGCCGGAGAGCUCCUGGACGCCGACUUCACCCUGGACCCAGACAAGCCCACCAACUUCACCAACCCCGUGUAUGCCACCCUCUACAUGGGCGCUCACAACAGCCGCAACUCGCUGGCCAGCACAGACGAGAAGAAGGAGCUUCUGUCUCGAGGGGAGGAGGACAUGGGAGACCCGCUGGCAUAGACUGAUCACCCCCCCCCCCCGCUCCC